CUUUCUUCAUAGCAGACAUGUUCACCAUUGGCCGGCUAGCUCCAAUAAGAAUUGUUGGGCGGAGUUAUACGGAAGCUACACUCCACGUGCUUUCCUCUACUUGUACUGGUACAGAAAGGACACAGCAUGCCUCCCAAGACAAAGGUGAAGAGUGUCAAGCGGACCAAGAAGGUCGCAGCCGCUCCCUAUGUGGCCAAACAGACACCUAAGAAAGAGACUAACCCUCUGAUCGAGAAGAGACCAAAGAACUUUGGAAUUGGAGGGAACGUCCAACCCAAACGUAACCUAUCUCGAUAUGUCCGUUGGCCCAAGUACAUCCGUCUUCAGAGGCAAAGACAAGUCCUGUAUCAGCGUCUGAAGGUGCCCCCCAGCAUCAAUCAGUUCACUCAGACUCUUGACAGGCAAACAGCCAUCCAGCUAUUCAAGCUGCUCCAUAAGUACCGCCCAGAGACCAAGGCUAUGAAGAAGGAGCGUCUUCGCAGCACUGCCGAGAAGAAGAGUGAGGGAGCAGAGAGCACUCCGGGGAAGAAGCCCAUCACCCUCAAGUACGGGAUCAACAACAUCACCCGUCUUAUUGAGCAGAAGAAGGCUACUCUGGUGGUCAUUUCUCACGACGUGGACCCCAUAGAGAUUGUUGUAUUCCUGCCUGCCCUGUGCCGCAAGAUGGAUAUCCCCUACUGCAUUGUUAAAGGCAAAGCACGACUGGGAAAGCUGGUCCACAAGAAGACAGCCACGGCAGUCUGUCUUGCAGGAGUAAGAAACGAGGACAAGGGCACCUUUGGUCAACUAGCCGAUGCUAUUCGCACCAACUACAAUGAGAGGUUUGACGAGAUCAGGAAAACGUGGGGAGGUGGAAUCAUGGGAAUCAAGGCAAGAAAUGCAAAAGCCAAGGUCGAAAAACUCAAAGCUAGAGAGUUGGCAAAGAAGAUGUAGAUUGGACAAUAGUUUGUUUUACCAAUGUUUUGUGAGUAUGGUGUGUGUGAUGUAUAUACAUGCGAAUACUUACUGUCAAUCCAAUAAAACUUUCUCGCCAUA